CUAUGGCAGGAGUUGAAUGCUGCGGAUGAGUCAAGUUUUGUUUUCAAUCAAAAAUGGAUUCAUGUGAAGUUAUGCAUACAGAGAAAUCGGAGCUAGCUGUUGUCCGGCCGAGAGGACCAGACCAUGUUGAGCAGGUCUGUCCAAGAAUUCUCGAUCUUGGCAAGGUGAUAAAUUUGCUUGAAGACCCCUUGACAACCCACAUGCAUGAGAGGCACCUUUUUGUGCUCAAGAAGCUGUUCAAGAAGAAACAACACGGCUUUCUGCUGAGGGAGCUAGUGAUCAUCACAAGGAUCCUCAAAGUCUGCGGCGAGAAGGCCGACAAGCACCCGGAAUUCUGCGGCAUUCUGUGCGAGGCUCUGAAGAUUUCCAGGCUUCCCUUCCUGAAAGAGAGAGUGUCGGAUGAGCUCAACUAUGCUGAAGAUGUCAAGCAGUUUCUCUCUCGCAUUGGCUACCUGAUGAAGGUGUUGGACGGCGAGGUGAGGCGUCAUGUCGUGGAGUCGGUCAAGUCUUUCUACAGCAUCUCGGUUCCAGACAAAGCGCCGCUUGACGGCCCUCAACCGACGUCCCCCGGCUACCGACUUCAGCUUCUGGAGCGUAGCGAUCUAGCCAAGACGCUCUUCCUAUCCGUGGCGGCGCUGGAGAAGCAACCCGCCAUCAAGCUCCUGCUCCUGCAAACACUUCAGAUGCUCUCCAGCACAUCUGAUAUGAACUGCGCUUUAAUAUUGAGCGCGCAAGGGGCCGAAAGCAUCUGUCUGCGCAUGAACGAACCCGACCCGUCCGGAAUGAUCCUGUUCCAUUCCUCGGAAAUCCUCUGGAACCUUUUGGAGAGUGGCAACAAGGCCGCAGUGGCCGCCCAGCUAAGCAGCGUGGAGUGCGCCAUAUCUCUAAAAGAAGCAUUUAUCCACGCUCUCCUCAACACUUUCCGACACGUUGACCUCCAAGUCCGCAACGAUCUUCUGGUGCUCACCACCCUCUUUGCUGAGAACUCCUGCGCUCUCCUCAUUGAGAGCCUAUUCGCCAGGCAGCUCGUUGCGCUCAGCACGUUUCCCGAACUGAAGAGUGGCACUAGUUUGGUGGGCAAGCUGAAGCUGACGUACAAUAUGGAAGACCUACAAAUGAAGAAGCUGCUGUUAAAUCUGCUACUUGUCAUGUCCAGAGAUCCCGCAAUCAUUCCGAUCUUCAAGGAGGAACAAGUGAUACUAGCCCUGCUGACCUUGGCCAAACCACCCGUCGCCUCCGCCGAAGUCAAAUCGGGGUCUCGGCAUUGGUCGUCCGUCCAGCUGGAGGAGCUUCAGCUGCAGGCUCUGGCAGUCCUCGCCACUUUGGCGCCGCUGGUUCUGGACCACUACAUGUCUUGUUAUGGCAACGUGACCCUGUUGCACCUUCUGGACUGGUGCGUCAUGGAAGACGGCUACUGUGGUCAAGGUCACAGCUUCCACGCCACCGGAGGCCGAGGCAGCAAGAAGGCUCACAUGCGAUACUCCAUCAGACUGAUGAGAUCUGUUACCUCGCUGGAUGACAGGAACCUCAACCAGGACCUGUGCGACCAGGGGACCAUACAUCUGCUUCUAGAGCUUCUAAUACGGAUGGAGUCGAGCCCCGGCGAUGAGGAUGCGGUCACCGUGGAGAUGAAGUCCGACGUGCUGAUCAUCCUCUCGGCGCUUUGUGAGAACAACAUGCACAGGAAGGAGCUGUUUGGGUCCGUGGGCGUGGAGAUGAUGGUCCAUUUCCUGAGGAGGGGCGCCAGUAUGUUCUACAGCGGCCUGGGACACAACAAGCUCCUCCUCUCGACCUUGGUGUGCGUGCGCACCUGCAUCGUGGGCUGCUACACAACAGAGGAUUACUUCCUAAUCCAAGAUGGGGUGCUGGUUUUACUCGACCUACUCAGUUCGAGUCCCAAGUGUGUUCACUGCGUGGUCCUGGCCACUCUGUUGGAGCUGUGCGACAACCGGAACACGAUUUUUCACAUUCUGAGCUGGAGCGACGGCGGAGGCCGGACGGCUCCGAGUCUCCUGCUGCGAGUGUGGCGGCGAGAGGAGGAGGAUCUUGGAGUCAACCGGAACCAAUACGGCGGGAUCGCAGACCCGAAGGAGCCCGUCCUGGCCCAUCGGAAGGUGGACGACGCAGAGCUGAUGUCGAUUCUGGAUACAACCAGCACCGUCGUGCUGGAGAUGCAAGAAAACCUGCUGGCCAAGAUUUACUUGACCUUCUGCAGAAUUGGUUUCGAGGAUCUUCCAGGAUUGUCUUUAAGGGACAGAGUGACCUUGAGUAUCGUCAAAAGGUACCUUGAUUUCAAGGUGAGCGAGGUGUGGGAUGAGAUCAGCCGUGAGCUGAGCCUGGAAGGCAUCCGGCCCGUCACGCCAGACCUGGAGAUUCUACUCUCUGCCCAGCAGAUGUCGCAACGCACGGCCGAGGCGGUGGUCGCCGAGCAGGAGGAAAUCUUGCGGCAAUACGACGAGGAGGCCAACAGGGAAGAAGAACUUAUGUAUGAAGAGAUGAAAUCUCACUGGAAGCAACGUCAGCUCACAGCCAAGUCGUGGAGUAAUUUUGUCUCCAAGACGUCCAACUAUGACAUCCUCAAGGAAAUCAAAGAAAAGAGGCAGAAACACAUAGAGUCCAUUAGGCCUGAACCAGCGCUGGAGGAUUUGGGACAGCGCCACGAAGGGGUUUUUAUCGGGAAAUUGUUGGCGGACACGAUUAACGAUGCCCGUGGCGGCGUCAACUUGAAGGUGGUCCAAACUCCUGUGAUGGCGGCAGCGCACGAGGAAGCCUUGCGUGCCCCACGCGAGCCUCACUACUUCAACACGUUCCCUGACUGAUCAAAUAUUAGACCAAAUUCUAUUUUUUUCUUUCAAGUUAGCUAUAGGACAUUUUACAUGAUGAAUCUCAGCCGCGUUGACAUUUAAUCCCAGCCGCCGCGUUUCUUUCCGUCUCAUUAAUUUGCGCACGAGUGCUCCCCUGAAAGCCGAAUUCCUUGCAGACAUCGUUCUCACCAAGCAGCACAAUCCUCACACUGAGGAGGAGGCGAGGAGAGCCAAAAAGACUGAUAUCAGCUCCAUGGAAACAGCCCAGCAACAGGCUGCACGCCGGCAACCAAUCGGAGCCUGCCCCGGCCUGCUCGCUUGUCCUAUCGAUGGGAGAGGCUGGGGGCCCAAACUGAGAUUGGGGCCCGUGAAGGUGAAUGCUCUACGGAUGAAAAGAUUAUUUACAUUACUGCCGCUCAGUUGUGACGGUCUUGAGUGUUUCAUCAUCAAAUCGAUAUAUGUAUUAUACUGCCCCCUAGUGGGCAAAGCGCCCCACACCACACAGUCCUUAUUGAAUGAACUCCUGAUGCACAAAUUUAAUUCCCUACAUUUGUUAUUAGUGUUUUUUUUCAUUACAGUAUUGUAGCGUGCUAUUUUCCUCCAAUUAAAAAAAUCCUGUUGAUGUU